GCUCAGCUCGGUAGGAUGUUGGUGUCUAUGCAGCGGCAUCCAAAGUGUUGCGCGAUGGAUUUCAAUGAGGGGUUCAAGAGGAUUAUAGCCUCAGCAGCGCAGCGUCGCGUCGCCACCGUCGCAGUCUUGUGGAAAUACCAAGAUUUUCUGUCACUUUUCUUACUCCUGCUGGUCAUCACCAAUAGUAACGCCGCGGCCAUAUGUACGCCGGACGAUUCUUGGUGCAGUCUGUUGACGAACAGCAACCUCAUGGCAGCGCGCUCCGGCCCAGCCUCCUGCUCAGGGCUACAGUGUGGGACUCUGUGUCUGCCGCAGCACAGGGUGUGUGAUGGCAAUCUCGACUGCCAAGAUGGCUCCGAUGAAAACAUGUGUGACAGACACAACUGCCGGACGGCGCUAGACUUGGGCGACCUUCCGCCCCUGCUGUUGGGCGGCGUAGGGACUGGCGGCUCGUCCUGGCGCUGUGACGACGGACACUGUAUUACCAACGCGCUGCGCUGCGACGGCGUCAGCAACUGUAGCGACGGGUCCGACGAGGACCCAACGGCCUGCCGGGCGAGACGGUGCUCAGGCAACCAAUUCCGCUGUACGAGCGGCCAGUGUGUCUCCGUGGUAGCUCGCUGCAACGGUAAGAUCGACUGUUCCGAUGGCAGCGACGAAUCUCCGCGAACUUGUACUAAGAUGCGGCGGCCUGGUCGUGUCGUGUGCCCAUCCCGCGUCCUCAACUAUUGCGCCGACCACACCCAGUGUUACAAGAAGGAGGAGCACUGCAAUGGCGUAGUCGACUGCUUUGACAAGAGCGACGAAGACCCACAAACUUGUGGGACCGCCGACCCAACUGCCAAUCCGUCAACUGUCCCGAACUCUAGUGUCGCUCCCGAUCCUGAAGUAAAUUCAAUUGAAAUCCCAACAAAUGCUCACAACACUCCAGGACAUUACACUGCUGGAACAGAACAGCCCCCGACGGUGCCAAUCGGACCUGUUGUUCUUACUCCAGGAGCGGCCCCAGCGUCCCGCUGCGACGCCCCCUUCUGCCCCUGCAACGUGACCGGCAUGGAGCACGUCUGUCUGCCCUGCCAUGAACUCCAUAACGUGACGACCACGUGCCAACUGUUGAGGAUCCAGGAGCCUCUGUGCUCCGUAGAGAAAGCGAGCGGCGUGAGCCUGAGCGUUUUGAGCUGCGGCAGCCAGGGUUUGCAGAUGGACUUUGGGAUCUUCGAAAGAACUUCAGAGUGCGGCCGGAACAAAAAAGUUCCUGUGCUUACAGUCGUGCUGGCUGACUGUUGGAGCAGUGCCACUCUCGCUCUCAGGUGCCACAGCGAUGGACUGUGGGGGUUGUAUGGGGAAUCUGCAGCCAACUCAACUCAUGAGCGCACGAGGCUCGUCUGCCAGUCUCAUCACUUGAACUCCCCAGUUUGUGGGCAGAAGCCUCGAUAUCGCAGCAUGGGCGGCACGCUGCAUUGGCAUGAAUUCCACCACCCGCAAAACCUCUUCCCUUGGCUGAUGGGGCUCAAGAAGAAGCAGCGAUACGAGUGCAGCGCCACUCUCAUCUCUGCGUCAUGGUUACUUACUGCGGCGCACUGCGUGGUCAGAUCACAAGAGAGCCAAAAUGAGACCAUGGAUAUUCGCGACCUUAGGGUGCAACUCCCGUCAAACAAUGACCGAUAUGUGAACAAAUUGGUGCUUCAUCCAGACUAUAAGCCUGGCUUCCGCCCUCUCAACGACAUCGCUUUAAUCAAGCUGGAUAAACCCAUUACCUUCAGCUACACAAUAUACCCUGCCUGCAUUGACCUGCACGGGGAGGGCUUCCUCGCGUCUUCUCCAGCCAUGGCGUUCAGCCGCGCUAAUGGAAAGAACCUAUACGAGUACAAGAUGGUUCUUCAGCAGCUGGACCCGGCCUGCCACAGCCCAGCCUCCGGGUGCCGGACUCUGCGCAUCGAGGACACGCAAUUCUGUGGCAUCGCUCUAGGCGCUCUAGAAAACGACGUGCACGUGUCGUCUUCUGCGGGUCGGACCCUCGUGGGCGGGUCGUCAGGAGGGCCGUUCAUGCAGAACUUGGGACCGGACACGGACGAGAGAUGGGCCGUGUCCGGAGUUGUGUCCUCGUCCGUGGAUAUAUGGGACUGCGAACCGUCAAUAAUCAUAUACACGGCUGUCCAUCCCUUCAAAGAGUGGAUAGAAGGCAUAGUCAAUGAUGGUCAUUUAACGUAGUUCUGACAGAGACCUGAUUAAUUUUGGAACCUGUCUAAUCGACGUAAGUCGAACAUUUUUGUCAAGACUUGCAAGAACUCGGUAUUGUGGUGCAUAAUUCAACUCUUAGUCAAUACGGAUGACCCAAUAAUAUUUACAUCACGUUAAUACUAUGCCAUGUCAUUAUUAU